CACGUCAGUAACACCGGCAUGGAUAAUUGUGUACUACAAAUAAUGAUUAUUAAUAACACACGGCCAACAUGGAAGCAAUAAAAUCGUGUAUAGUGAUUUUUGUGUUGUUUUUUAUACAAAUAAUCGCAAGUGAUGUCAUAGUAGAGACUAGUUUAGGAAAAGUAGAAGGAAUCGAAGUGAAGUCCAUUUUGAAAGAUGAAAAGUUUUACUCUUUUAUGGGAAUUCCUUAUGGAAUGCCACCGGCAGGGAAGACUAGAUUUUUGCCUCCACAGCCACACGAAGGAUGGUCUGAUGUGCUAACAGCCAAAAAGGAAAAGAAACCAUGUUCCCAUAUGAACAUCCCAAACAGACCAUUGGCGAAAUACGGAUUCAGCGGCCAAGACGAUUGCCUACAUCUUAGCAUACAUACUCCAACACUACCAAACAAUGAAGAUCUCAACAUGCCAGUCAUAGUAUUCCUUUACAACGAACUAUUUAAAGUAAGUCACAAUGCAUCCAGAGAUUUCGGACCAGAUUUUUUUGUUAAAGAAGGUGCAAUAGUGGUCACGAUCAGUCACAGGAUAGGUUCAAUGGGCUUUUUAGCUUUCAACGAUGAACUUCUGCCAGGAAAUAAUGGAAUAAGAGACGUUAUUCUAGCUCUGAAAUGGCUGCAACAAAAUAUGCAGAAGUUCGGUGGAGAUCCGCAAAAAGUUACUCUUAUGGGAGUUGACGGUGGUGCAACUAUUAUAGAUUUAUUACUGCAAUCUCCGAAAGCUAAAGGACUAUUUAGUAGAGCAAUCAUGCAGAGUGGAACUGCAUUCAAUCCUAUAUACAUGCCGACUAACCCUAAAGAUAAGGCCACUGCACUAGCCAAAGAAUUAGAAAGAACUGCAGUUACUAGCUCUAACCUACUGAAUGAGUUGCAACAUGUGUCUUCGUAUGAUCUUGUGACAGCUGAGAUAAGUUCUGUAAGCGCUGAUGAAGGCAGGCAGUCACAAAUGGGAACUGUGCCAUUUGGACCUGUGGUUGAGCCAGAGCACCCCGACGCAAUCGUCACUCACCUUCCAGAAGAAAGGCUACUUGACGUAGAAAUCCCUGUCAUGAUCGGUUACAAUUCUAGAGAAGGAAUUGAAAUUAAUGAACGUUAUCUUCGGAAACCACAAUACUUGACAUUCGCUGACCGGGACUUCCUCGUGGUCAUUCCUGUGAGGUCUGGUUUCCGUUUUGAACUAAACACGAAUAUCUACCACAAAGCUAUUGAUGAAAUUAAGGAGUUCUACUUUGACGAAGGCUACGUCAAAAUUAGCAAGCCUGGAGAGUAUUUGACUUACACGGCCGAUAUUAUGGGCUUUUACCCCUUAGAUUAUGCUGUACGAAAGUAUGUCAACGAAUCUAGGUCUUCUGUUUACUACUAUACGUUUGACUACAGUGGAGAACUAAAUAUGAGAAAGAAUAAUAUUCUAGAGGAAGCUAUGACGAUAGAGGGAACUUGGGGUGCGGCCCCAGGAGAUGAACUUUGUUAUCUCUUCCUCUGUAAACCGAUUAGGAAAAUAUAUAAAAAAGUUUUGGAAGAUGAAGAUACUGAAGAACUUAAGGUUUUACGAAACAUGGUUAAAUUAUGGACCAACUUUGCUAACACUGGAAACCCUACUCCUCAAGGCAGCGACUUCACCUGGACCCCAGCUACCAAGGAGAACAAGGACUGCCUGGUCAUCAGUGAUGAGCUGCAGAUGAAGCAGAACCUUCAUGAAGACAGGAUCAAGUUCUGGGAUGAUUUUCUCGUCAAGUACAAGGCUUUGGCAGUCGAUGGAGUCGUGAAGGACCUGAAAGAUGAACUCUAACUACGAAAAUUGGGUUUUACCUUUGUAAAUAAUGUACUGAAUAUGAAAAUAUAAUAUUUAAAGUUCUUUUUGUA